AUGUCUGCACCAAGUGCCGUCUUGGACUUCCAAAAGGAGCGAACCAACUUCCUAUCAUGGCUCGAGGACCAAGCCCGACUUAUCAGACACCAGCCGAAGUCGGAUACCCUUGCAGAAGUCAAAGCCAACCUACGCGAACGAUGUGCUAAGUACCUAGAUCGACUCACCGAGGCUUCCAUCUUUAUGGCUUGUGAGGCAAGCGAUCAUAUCUGCGUUACUGCAAAGCCUGACCGGUUCUACAAUGAUCAGGUUCCGAGAAUGUGCAGUCUUCUUCAGAUAAGGAUGCCACAACUGGCUGCGAGGCUUGGUAUCAAUUCUAAAUGCGACAUGUGUGUGCAUUUCAUUAUUAUGAAUAUUCUGGCGGAGCCGGGUUUCUGA